UUUCGUAGGUAUACUAUGGAACAAGCUAUGUUCUGAUUGGCCAACAAGGCCUUGUCGGCGGCCAUUUUGUUCGCUGAGUCACCAAAAGGUGAAAAAUAUACAUGAAAUGCGUACUCCCCACGAGACAUACAACGGUAUUGGGCAUUUCCCUCGCGAACACAAAAUUUGGGUUUCAUGUUCCCCUUUGCCCGCUUUGGCGUGGAAAAAAUAUUUUUCUACCGAUGAAACUGGAUUAUUCUUCCAAAGUUUUAUUGAAUUACUGAACGUACGUCGCGAUAUGAGAUAGUAAACAAAAAAGCGCGAGUUUCAAGUGCGAAAUAAAUAAGAAGCCGGAGAAACACUUUUCAGCGUGAUAGUAUACUGAAGUCGAGUGAAGUAUAAUCGCAGACGAAGACUUUUUAAAUAUUAUAAACGCGGAGUGCAAUAAUUUGCUUUGCCGGACUGUCAAAUAGUGAAGUGCUAAUUAACGUUGUCGUUCCAAUGUUUACAAGUUGCGAGUGCGAGUCGUCGGCGAGCGUUCAUCAUGUAGGAGUGCGUGGAGGGUCGAGAUGAUGCCCGUGCGAGCGUCGGAUUAGUGCCUCGAGUUCCCGAACGGAAGUGAAGCCAAGAUGACGGACACCACAAUGGUCAAGGUGAAGACGGAGCGGCCCGACGAGGCCGAAAUCCGGGAGCUGGCCGCUAAGAUGGUCGAGGCCAACAAGGCGAAGGCGCUGGCGGCGUCGGUCGCGGCGGCCCGGCCCCAGCCCGGCAACCCGCUGGGCGCGCCGCCCGCGGGCCCGGGCGGCCAGAUGGGCAUCCUCAGCUUCCUGACCAGGAAGCCGGGGGCGCAGACCACGGAGCAGCGGCCGGCGGCCGAGGAGAAGAAGACGCCGGCCCCCGACGAGGCGAGCUGGAAGGGCCACUUCGGCUGGGACAUGCUGGGCAAGUGCCACAUCCCGUACAUCUACCGGUCCGGCGAGAGGUACGUGGCCGUCCGGAUGGUGGAGAUCAAGCUCCUCAACAAGUACCUGAACUACCUUCACGCGGACAUCUACUCGUGCACCUGCAUCAGGAGCUACUAUAUCACGGAGAUCGAGGCCCGCUUGCUGAAUGACAUCAACAACAGGCACUGCGACGGCCAGUUCGGCCGGGAACAGUUCACGCAGAAGGACCUAGUGGUGCGACUAUCGGACGCUUAUGAGUUUUACAAUUUCCUAGAUGUGUGCUACAAUAAGUUGUUACGGGGUACGACGAACAAUAAGGACAAGUGUGGGUUUAUCCGGAUCAAUAAGGAGUCAGUUGUUCCUUACACGGUCCGAGAUAACCAGAAAUUUGUGCCUCUAUUCUAUUUUGAGGGUGAGACGGACAAUCUAAAGUUGAAAGCGGACCAGUUGAAGGGUUGGGACUUGUCGUACCUCAAGUUCUGUUGCAAGGUGCAGGGUAUUCGGAAUGAACUGUUCGCUAGUGAGACGUGUUCUGUGAUCAGUUUAACGGACAUCAAGAGCUACUUUCCGCCAGGAACGGAGUUCGAAGAGUACUGGCCGAACAAAGUUGUGGACUCCCAGUUGCUGAUAUCAGCCAAGGGGUCCGUCUCCGGCGGCGGUCAAUGGACGCGGGCACCACCGGCGCCGCCCCCGGGCGUCAACAACGUGGGCACCAUGUCGCGCGGCCGCCGUCCCGCCCAGCGUCACUCCCCCGCCUCGGCCGCCAUGAUGCCGCACCAGGGGCUGUCUGCGGCGACCGUCCAGGCGCUCACUAACGGCUGGAACAUACCGCCUGGGACGCUCACCCAGGCGCAGACGCAGCAGGUGCUUAGGCUAGCGCAGGCGCAAGUGGCUGCGCAGGCGCAGGCGGCUGCGGCGCGAUACAACAACGCUGCGAUUGCCGCCGCCGCCGCUGCGUUGCCGCACCGCUCGCAGCAUCAGCGGAAUGUACAGUUUCCGAACAGUGCAAUCACAAUGGCGAUGAGUCAGCAACCGCCGCCCCUCGUGCGGAGUACGGGAAACACCACCAACAUGAAUGUGUCUCCUCAAGUCAGUGGUUCAAUGAAUGGCCACUCAACCUCUCACUCCGUGGACAGUCGCAAAAGGCUUACACCAAUAGCAGACAUCAGUAUAACUGGCAACCAUACGCCGUAUAAGGUCCAAAAGGCCCUAGUGGAGAACACGAUGGUGCCGUGCAUCAACGCCAAGCCGUACCAGAACACGGAGUUGCUGAUGACGCUGCCCGAUCUCGCCAGCCACUUCUUCCCGCGCGUCACACUCACAACGUGCCGCGCCAUGCUGGACGCGCUCGGCCUCACGCUGUACAGGCCCAACUCCACCCAACUGCAAGUGCUGCGCAACUCGGGCAAGUGUAAAUCCGCCGCCGCGGGCGAGAACGGCAUGGCCCUAGUGCAAAUACGCGACGUGUUGCAGCACAUGCCACAGUUUAAGUACAUGUUGCGGUCUGGCCCAGCCGCUGACGAGCCGACGCACCCGCCGCGCCCCGCGCACGCCCCGCCCCCGACGCACGGAAAACGCGCGCGCGCCAACUAGCCCGAGUAGCGGGUAACAUCUAUGUGGCAGCAUACAACUAGCGCCAUCUAGCAGUUCAAGUACAUGCUGCGAUCUGGCCCAGCCGCUGACGAGCCGACGCGCCCCGCGCACGCCCCGCCCCCGACGCACGGGAAACGCGCGCGCGCCAACUAGCCGGAGUACUGGGAAAAGUGACAUCUAUGUGGCAUACAAGUAGCGCCAUCUAGCGAGAAAUGAAGCGCUGAUGUCUAAGUAGCAGCGUACAACUAGCGCCAUCUAGCGGCAAAUGUAAACGGAGCACCGAAAUCUAAAGCGGCAGUUUACAUCUAACGCCAUCUAGCGGGAAAUUUAAGUGGCACUCUUUGGAGCUGCUAACUAGCGCCGUCUAGUGGGAUAUUUAAAUUUAGAAUUCAUCUAACGGGAAAAUUAAGUGGCAUUAUUUGGAGUGGCGAAACUUAUGUGGCAUAAAAUGUAAGGAUGGUGCGGCUGCGGCGAUAUGCUGGAUAGGACAAAAGACUAAACAAUAUGAUGAAUACAAAAGUGGUAAAUUGUUACCAAUAAUUAUUAAUAAAUGACUGAAAAUAAGCAGGAAAAAUUGUUACUACAUAAAACUAGAGUACCAUUGGUUCUCUAAUGAAAAAGUUGCCAGUUACAGACUAUAAAAGAACUUAUUUAUAGAAGACUAUAUUACCUACAAAUAUCUCUACUAGAGAUAUUACUAUGAAGGAAUUAGUGGUUUCAGUGAGUUAGACACAGUGACACAUCACAGCAGUGACGUAAAGUGAUCGAAGGACUAAAAUUGAAAAGUGGUCAGCAAAUAUGGAUGGUAUGGAACACUGCCUUAGUUAGCAAUACUGUAAGAUGCUAGUGCAUAGUUAUUAAAAUAUUCCAAAAGACAUUAACUUCUCUUUGUGUACAUAAAUUAUUGUUUAUUAAGGUAUAUGGCAUGAUUGACAGAAUAUAUUUCAGAAGUAGUUUGUUGUAUUGCACCAAACAUAAGCAAAGUACUUCUGAAUUGUAAAUAUCAAGAUUAAGACUCGUCAAUUUUUCUUAUACUGUACAAAUUGUAUAAAACAAAUCUAAUUCAAGUGUUGUUCUAUAUACCAAUAGAAGACUGAGAAAUUUUAAUUUCAAAUUAUCUCAUAGAUUUAAAAAAUGUUGUGCGAGUUAUUUGAGUUUUUAUAAUAAGUACUUGUGUCAUGUGAAUACUCUGUUUUGACUCAUUUUAAUGUUAAUGUAAUAAUUAAGUGUAGAAAUAUAAUGCUACAAAUUUAUGACACACAUUUCAUUUGUGAAUGUUUUAGCAUCCACAAAUUACUUAAUGUCCAUUGGUAUUGUUUUCAAUUUUUUGUUUGCAUUUACAUUAAACUGAAUUAAAACAGAGUACUACAGUAUCUACCUAAAAUGCCUGUAUAUAAUAUGAUACACUUGUAUAUUCUAUUCAGAUCAAAUUUAUUUUAAACGUAAACAAGUAGAAUAAUGACCAAAAAACUAUCAUCAUAUUUUUUCAAAUAAGUGAAGUUUAAAUAAGUACCAUUAAAGUCUUAUAUUUUUUGUUUACGUUUAGACAGAUCUGAACACUAUUUCGAAUGGUUGGUGUGUUGAUAACAAAUUGUGUUAGUCACCAACUUAAUGUAUAGUGUAAAUAGAAAUUACCUUGGAGUAUGUCUUGAGAUGUUCAGUUAGAAGUCCAGGGCCGAAGUUUGUAGGAAACUUAUCAUACAUCUUGACAGAUGUGUAAUUUUUUUACGAAAUUGUUAAAUUGUGAUGUUGGCUAUAUCAGGGCUUCCCAAACUUAUUUGUACUGUGACGCCCUAAACCAAACCAAGUGACCAAAAAUACUUUCCAAUUUUAGAACCAGCCAACAUAGGUUAUCAUAAAAACACUAUUUGGACAUUUUUAUUUUUAUGAGGAAAUACUGACCAAAUCAAAACGUAAGCAUAAAAAUUAAAAAUUUUAAAAAGAUCUGAAAGAUAUUAAAGCCAGCGAGGCUGGCUAAUGUGGAUCAUGCGCUUGCUUUUUUGGUUGUGUCGACAUCCGACGCACCUGGGACAAUGUCACGACGCCCCAGGGCGUACGCACAGUUUAGGAAACCCUGGGCUAAAUAAUUAUUUGCAUGUGCAUAAUGCAUAUAUAUCACUGCAUCUUUAAGAUAUACUAACCAGGUUAGCCUAAAUUAACCCUAACAUCUGCAUAUUGCAGUUGUUUCUUAGCAAUACUUUUAAUAGGUAUAAUUUGUCAUGUAAAGAUGUAACCCUUAAUAUGUUAAAUCUUCUCGUAUCUCCUAUCCAAUAUUGUAUUGCUACUAUGAAUACGCUUAAUAUUUAACAUCACAAUAAU